AUGUCAUUCACUUAUUUGCCAAAACAACAAAUUCAUGCAAAACAGUCACAAAUUUUUAUUCUCUCUGAGCUUCAUCUAGAUUCAUCUAAGGCUGUGCGUCGUCUAGAUUCAUCUAAAGCUGAGCUUCAUCUUGAUUCAUCUAAAGCUGAGCUUCAUCUUGAUUCAUCUAAAGUUGUGCUUUAUCUAGACUCAUCUAAAGCUGAGCGUCAUCUAGAUUCAUCUAAAGCUGAGCGUCAUCCAGAUUCAUCUAAAGCUGUGCGUCAUCUAGAUUCAUCUAAAGCUGAGCGUCAUCUAGAUUCAUCUAAAGCUGAUCGUCAUUUAGAUUCAACUAAAGCUGAGCGUCAUUUAGAUUCAUCUAAAGCUGAGCGUCGCCUAGAUUCAUCUAGAGUUGAGCGUCGCCUAGAUUCAUCUAAAGCUGUGCGUCAUCUAGAUUCAUCUAAAGCUGUGCAUCAUCUAGAUUCAUCUAAAGCUGUGCAUCAUCUAGAUUCAUCUAAAGCUGUGCGUCAUCUAGAUUCAUCUAAAGCUGAGCGUCAUCUAGAUUCAUCUAAAGCUGAGCGUCAUCUAGAUUCAUCUAAAGCUGAUCGUCAUUUAGAUUCAACUAAAGCUGAGCGUCAAUUUAAUCAAAUUGCGGAUGUAGGGGUUACACUAAGUAUUUAUGGAGCUCUUGUGGCACAUCAAAGUCGAAAGGAAAUCAACAGAAGAAUUCAAAAAGAUUCCGACAAGCUAUAA